GUUCGUACACCCAUAAGAAAGAAUGUGUGCCUACAAGCUUGAAAUAUAUUAGGUAAAAUGGCAACAUUACUAUAACCUCGUUGCCCACCGGUGUAUACUGUUUGUGUAUAGUGUCAAACGAUUGUAUUUUUUUUUUUGUAAUUUUUUAGUAUGUUACUUAUGUGUUAAGGAUAAUUCUCGUUAAAAACAAAAUGACUACUAACCCCAGAAGAGGCACCGAUCCCGUGCCAAUGGAAGAAAGUGAUCAACUCACUAUAAGACCAUUGGGAGCUGGUCAAGAAGUGGGCAGAUCCUGCAUCAUGUUAGAAUUUAAAGGAAAGAAAAUAAUGUUGGAUUGUGGAAUCCACCCCGGCCUGUCGGGGAUGGAUGCUUUACCAUUUGUGGAUCUCAUAGAAGCUGAUGAAGUGGAUCUCUUGUUGAUAUCACAUUUCCACCUGGACCACAGCGGGGCGCUGCCCUGGUUCCUCACCAAGACCUCGUUCAAGGGCCGCGUGUUCAUGACGCACGCCACUAAGGCGAUCUACCGCUGGCUCGUCUCGGAUUAUAUUAAAGUUAGCAACAUAUCUACGGAGCAGAUGUUGUACACGGAAUCCGACCUGGAGGGGUCCAUGGAUCGUAUAGAGACCAUCAACUUCCACGAGGAGAAGGACGUGAGGGGCGUGAGGUUCUGGGCGUACAACGCGGGCCACGUGCUGGGGGCGGCCAUGUUCAUGAUAGAGAUCGCCGGAGUCAAGGUGCUGUACACGGGCGACUUCUCGCGGCAGGAGGACAGACAUCUGAUGGCCGCGGAGAUCCCCACCGUACACCCGGACGUGCUGAUAACGGAGUCCACGUACGGCACUCACAUCCACGAGAAGAGAGAGGAGCGAGAGAGUCGCUUCACCACGCUGGUGAGCGACGUGGUGGGCCGCGGGGGGAGGUGCCUCAUACCCGUGUUCGCGCUGGGCAGGGCGCAGGAGCUGCUGCUAAUACUGGACGAGUACUGGUCGCUGCACCCGGAGCUGCAGGACAUCCCCAUAUACUACGCGUCUUCUCUCGCCAAGAAGUGCAUGGCGGUGUACCAGACCUACGUCAACGCCAUGAACGACCGCAUCCGGAGACAGAUCGCCGUCAACAACCCCUUCGUCUUCAGGCACAUAUCUAAUCUGAAGGGCAUCGAUCACUUCGAGGACAUAGGUCCGUGUGUGAUUAUGGCUUCCCCGGGUAUGAUGCAGUCGGGCCUCUCCCGGGAACUGUUUGAGUCGUGGUGCACGGAUCCCAAGAACGGCGUCAUCAUAGCAGGUUACUGCGUGGAAGGCACCCUGGCCAAAACUAUACUGUCUGAGCCGGAAGAGAUCACGACUAUGUCAGGACAGAAACUUCCGCUGAAGAUGUCCGUGGAUUACAUAUCGUUCUCCGCGCACACGGACUACCAACAGACCUCAGAGUUUAUCAACAUUCUGAAGCCUCCUCAUGUGGUGUUAGUUCACGGGGAACAGAACGAGAUGUCUCGUCUGAAGGCGGCCCUGCAGCGCGAACACCGCGGCCGCCUCGCCAUACACACGCCCAGGAACACGCAACAGCUGGCCCUCACCUUCAGAGGCGACAAGACCGCUAAGGUAAUGGGGUCCCUGGCCAUGGAGGCGCCGGUGCCGGGCGCACAGCUCCAGGGUGUUCUGGUCAAGAGGAACUUUAACUAUCACAUCCUGGCGCCCUCCGACUUGAACAAGUACACGGACCUGUCCCAGUCGUCGGUGUCUCAGCGCGUGUCGGUGUGGUGCGGGGCUCCGGUGGGUCUGGUCCGUCACGCCGUGAUGCGCCUGGCGGGGCCCGUGGUGUUCCUGAGCGACACUCGCUGGAGGCUCUACGGCUGCAUCGACCUCACGCUGGACCUGCCGCUCGUCACGCUGGAGUGGCAGGCGGCGCCGGUGUCUGACAUGUUCGCGGACGCGGUGGUGGCGGCGCUGCUGGCGGCCCCGGCAUCCGCCCCCGGGCCCGCGCCCAACGCGCCCCUCGCACACAAACUGGACAAGAUGCAUUUCAAGGAGUGUGUGAUCGAGAUGUUGUCGGAGAUGUUCGGCGAGGCGGCCGUGGCCAAGAUGUUCCGCGGAGAGCGACUCACGGUCACGCUCAACGAGCGCCAGGCGCACCUAGACCUCGCCACCAUGGAGGUGAAGUGUCCCGAGGACGAGUCUCUGGAGCGCACGAUCCAGUCCGCCAUCAGCAAGCUGCACGCCGCCCUCUCGCCCGUCCGGCCUCCCGCACCCUGACGCCCCCUCGAGACGACCGUAACACUUUAUUAAUAAAUAAAACAAUAUCAUAGUA